UGUGGGACGCAUGCCCCUCCACGGUUGAUGCCUGUGGAAUCCCUUGACCACCGCGAUUGGUAACCACCCCAGAACUAAUUAAAUGAAUCGGAAAUUCAGAAAUGAAACACUCUUGCGAUCAGCGGGCUGCUGUGAAAGGCGGGCGAGUAGGACAGAACGGGGGAGUUGCACGGAGGAUUUCCCAUGCACGACAACGGAGCAAAUCUUUUGUCCAGAAACGGUCACCACUUUCACCCGGAGAACUUUGGACGCUGGACAGGAGAUAGAAAGGAUGAGGGAGAUUUAUCCCACUCGACAACCACAGGAAUUAUGAUCCGAGAGUGGCCCUGUGACAAAUUGAGAGGAAGUAGAAAAAUGAGGAGAAGUUUAGAGAGGAGUGAGUUUGGGGGAAAAAGAGGAGGAAAAAGAGGAGGAGGGGAAGGUGGGAAGUGGAGAGAGGGUCUGGAAGUAGGUAGGAAACGGAGAGGGGAGGAGGGUUGGUUGGAAGAGGGAAGAAGGGGAAAGGCAGCAACAGGAAUGAGACGGGGGGAGGAGGUUCCACCGGGCUAGAAGAUGGAGAGAGUGGAAGAGGGAGAGCGAGAGAGAGAGAGAGAGAGAGAGAGAGAGAGAGAGAUAGAGAGAGAAGGAGAGAAGACAGAGCGAGACUAGAAACAGAGACCAGACUAGAGAG